CAUAUUUUUUAUUUUAAAAUGUUUGACAACGACAUUUAGUUAUUUCGAUUUUUUAAAUUAAAAUUUACCAAUGGCUUUUAUACUAAAAUCUCUUAAUUUGUACAAGUUUUACAAGAAAAAUUUGUUAGAAAAUGUAAUAAUUACAAAGGUUAAGCCUCUUGCGUUCAUAAGUACUGAAGAUUCCUCAGAAACGGUUCCCCUGCCCAAUCUUCAACGUUUAUCGAACAGGAAAUUUAAGAAAAGCGUAAUAAAUAAUUUUUGUGUACCAACAUCCCCCACUUGUGAAUCUGUACUAGCUGGUAAUCCACAAGCUGUGGAUCGUCGUGAACUUUUAAGACAAGAUAUAGUAAAUAAAUGGGAACAGAAAACUAAAAUGAAUCCGAAAAAUAAUUCAACUAUAUUGCUUGGUAUAGCGUUGUUUGGAGAAAUUCAUAAAAACUAACAAAUACAAAUAAAAUUGUCAAAUUUAAUGAAAAUAAAUAAUUGUGUGAGAACCAUGCAAAACAUAAAAAAAUAACGUAUAAUAUGGCUUCGUUUAAACGGGCUACAAACUAGAAUAGAAAUGCGGAAAAAUAUGAAAUAAACUGACCACACAUUAGAAAAUAAUAGUAAGCCAAUUGAACCGCCCGCGGCAGGAUUUUAAAAAUCCUUAGUUGGUUGUACACUACAGAACAGCAAAAAGAAAAAGAUCAAAAUACUUUACCUUGAAGAAUGUUCAUAGUUCAAUUGUACUGCGUGGUUUUAUGUGUUCCAUUCAUUUGUAUGGAUAAAUAAUGUCUUUCGAAAUAAAAUUUGAUGUAUUUAAUGUAAUAAAUUGUAAAGGUCAAUAAAUUUUAAAUCGUAAA